AUGUGGUCCCGGAUCCCCGUGCUGUGCCUCAUCCUCGCGUUGGGGGGGCCGGUGGGCGCCGGGCCCCUCGCGGACCCCCACCCCGGCAUGACGGACCAGCAGCUGUUCUGGGGAUCGGACCAGUACGACUUCUCCGUGGUGCUGCCGGCCGCCGGCCUGGACUGCUUCUGGCACUUCGCCCACCGCGGGGAGAGGUUCUACCUGAGCUACAUGGUCCAGUGGGUGACGGGCGUCGCCCAUGACAGACACCUGUCUGUCACCGUCAACGCGCCCAGUGGACUGAUGGUGUCCACCGCCGACGACCCCAAGGGUCAGAUCAACUUUGAGGCCGAGGAGACGGGUUUCCAUCAGAUGUGCUUCAAUAACUUCCACAACCGCUUCGGCUCCAUGCAGAUCUUCCUCAGCUUCGGCGUUUACUACGACGGACACAAAGACUCCGCCCAGCAGAAAGAGGAGGAGCUAAAGAAGAAGGAGGAGCUUAGACAAGACCUGAACAACACACUGAGCUUCAUAGAGGACUCCACCCACAAGGUGGAGAACCACGUGUUCCACGUGUUCCGCUACUACAGCUUCGGCCGCAUGGGGCGGAGCUCCGACCACUUCCUGUUGUUGUCCAACGCGCGGUACGUGACCCGCUGGUCGGUCGCCCUCAGCCUCCUCAUCGUCACCUGCGGGUACCUGCAGCUCGUCUUCCUCAGGAGGCUCUUCAUCACCGCCGGCGAGGAGGAGAAGCCGCGCUGCUGA